AUGUCGCAAAAGCAAUUUGAGAAUGAGGUUGAUCUUCUGAUGAGACUUGAGCAUCCAAAUAUAGUACGAUUAGUAGGCUACUGCUAUGAAAUAGAAAACGAACACUUCCCUCUCAAUGGGAAAUACGUUUUUGCUGGGAAGGCAGAAAGUUUGCUUUGCCUGGAGUAUCUGCCUAAUGGAAGUCUUGACGAGUUUCUUUCAGAUUCAGAUAAAUCUUCUCGACUUGAUUGGCACACACGCUACAAAAUUAUUGAGGGGACCUGCAGUGGUUUACAGUACCUUCACAAGCAAACUGACGGGCCUAUCAUUCACUUGGAUCUAAAACCCGCUAACUUACUGCUCAAUGAUGCUUUGGAGCCCAAACUUGCAGACUUUGGUCUGUCACGUCUUCUUGAUCAACAAGGAACUGUGUGCACUAUGGAAGUUAAUGGGACAUUGUAA